UAAAAUUGGGAACACUAACUAAAUCAUAAUAACAAAACAGUCAAUAAAAUACAUCAAUACAAUACAUGUUCAUCAUCAGCUAAUCAGCAGGCUGGGAUGGUGCUGAAAAGGAAACGCGCAGUCCUGCAGUGGAUCAGGUCCAAUUUAGACCAUUAUAGAGAAACAAGUUUGACGGAUUCAGAAAAAUGGCUUGCGAAUCGACUCUCCCAGAGGAGGAUCUAUCCUGUCCUGUGUGCUGUGACAUCUUCAAGGAUCCUGUUCUCCUGUCUUGUAGUCACAGCUUCUGUAAAGCCUGUCUGCAGGAAUUCUGGAAAGAGAAGGAAUGGCAGGAGUGUCCAGUUUGCAGGAGAAGAUCAUCAAGGUCUGAGCCUCCCAAUAACCGGGCUCUUAAGAACCUAUGUGAGGCCUUACAGGAAACUCACUUGUGAUAAAACAGCACAGCAUAUCAAGAGCCAGGCUGAGGACACAGAGAGAACGAUUAAGGAUGGCUUUAACCGGGUUCACCAGUUUCUACGAAAGGAGGAGGAGGCCAAGAUAGCUGCCCUGAGGGAGGAAGAGGAGCAGAAGAGUCAGAUGAUGAAGGUGAAGAUUGAAGAGAUGAGUGGACAGAUAUCAUCACUUUCAGACACAAUCAAAGCCAUAGAGAAAGAGCUGGAAGCUGAAGACAUCUCAUUCCUGCAGAACUACAAUGCCACAAUGAAAAGAACCCAGUGCCCACUGCCUGAUCCUGUGAGGGUUUCAGGAGCGCUGAUAGAUGUGGCAAAACACCUGGGCAACCUCAUGUUCAGAAUCUGGGAGAAGAUGAAGGAGAUUGUUCAAUACACGCCGGUGGUUCUGGACCCUAAUACUGUACACUCAAAGGUACUCUGUUCCAUGACCUGGAUGGGGUAUGAUGAUUGCUUUGGAUGGGGUGGUGAGUUCCAGCAGCAUCCUGACAACCCAGAGAGGUUAGCCCAGGGAUGGGCCAUGGGCUCUGAGGGCUUUACCUCAGGGACACACAGCUGGGACAUUGAGAUUGAUGACGAGUAUUGGUUUGCAGGUGUGGCCACUGAGUCUGUCAAUAGGUCUGAUCCUAGAGAUGAAGUCUGGGGUGUUAGCCAUGUUGAUAGUUUUAAUACAGAUUAUAAGGAAGACUUUGAUUAUGUAUAUAAAGUAAGUUACCCAAAUACUGAAACCAUUUACCUCCCCACGAGACACAACUCCAGAGUUAAGGACAGGAUCAGAGUUCAGCUGGACAGGGACAGAGGAGAGCUAUCAUUCUACGACAUUGAUAAUAACACACAUAUAUAUACACACACACACACGCAUUCACUGGGAGAAUAUUUCCAAUUUUUUUAGUGCGUAACGGUCUGACGAUUUUACCAGUGAGGGCCUCUAUAACAGUGGAACAGCACAUUUAGGGCUGCCGGAAAACGUGUGGUGAGCUGGCCUUCACCCCAGUCUGUUUCAUCGGGUUUCGCAACACCCUACUACUGUUAAUUUGAAAUAAUAAAAAUAUUGACAAAGUG